UUGCUAUCAACAACAACAUAUAUUUCCGAUAUAUUUAUAUGUGAUCGAUGUAUUGAUUAGGUUACAUUCGUGUUUUUUUAACCGAUUUGUUACAAUCUACAUAUAUUUGAUAAUAAUCCAACAUGGUGAAUAUUUGAAAUGACUUCUAGUACGACCAUCUUCGCAUAAGACAUGGAACCAGUGACGUCAACAUUUGGCAAUGGUAGCUCAGCUGCCUCUAAUUCUAUUUCAACCAACAUGAUUGACUCUGCUACGAAUUCAACACAUGUUUUUGAGGAUGUUACAAAAUUCAUACCGACUCCAAGAUCAGUUUUUGAAACGACUGAAGUGGUUGGUAUAUUUAGAAAUACUACUUCACCUGUCAUAGAGGAUACCGAAAUCGGUUCUCUAAUAGAUUACAAUGCAAUCUUAGAAAGAGAAAACCACAAGGAAGCGACGGCCUUGAUACCUGUGACGGUGUACCUGAUUAUUCUAAUGAUUAUUGGAAUCUUUGGGAAUCUCCUUGUUCUAUACGUGUACAAGUUCCGUUUCAAACGUAGUACCUCUAGAGUUUUUAUUUUAAGUCUUGCAGUAUUUGAUCUCCUAACCUGUUUGCUGGGGAUGCCCUUCCACAUCAUGGACAUGAUAUAUCCAUUAAUGUUUGUGUGGGACGGAGCGUGUAAAUGUCUUGGAUUUGCUUUAUCUUUCACCAUCUUGGCGUCCAUAUUUGUUCUUGACUUGAUAGCCAUUGAUCGUUAUCGGAAGAUAUGUAUUCCGUUUCAAAAACAAUUGUCUGCGAAAGGAACCAAAAUCACGUGUUGGGUAGUUGCUUUGAUAUGUCUACUGUUAGCCACUCCGAUGCUGUUUAUUUACGGGUCUGUCGAAUCUGAUACUAAACAUCCAAAUGUGACUGGGAAGGAAUGCUAUAUUUCGGCUGAUAUGUGGGACUCGGAUUUUCCAAUGAUUUACAAUGCUAUAAACAUUUUGAUUUUCCUGGUUUCAGUUUUUAUUCUCACAGGACUAUAUAUCAAAGUCGGAAUCGUUGUGUGGCAGAGAAAAAGUUUUCACGAUUCACACUCAAGUAGAAAUGGAUCUAAGCGUUCAACUUCCGGAACAAGUACUCCGGACACAACUGUCAUUCAAAUGCACUCGAUAGUGGACGAUUCAAAACAAUCAGUUAAAUUCGACAAAGGAAGUCAAGAAAGCGCAGUUCAAUUGUUUAGUUCUAAACCCGCGAUAUUUAAAACUGACUCGGUUAGUUCAGCCUAUAAUUCACCAAGGACCAAAAGAAAGGAAGAAAGCAUGCACCGGAAGAAGUUAAAACGUCUGAUGUCGGAAUUAUCAAGCACGAGCGGGGACGAGGGUCCAUCUGAACGAGGAAACAGCAAAUUUAAUACUAAAAAGCAGAUGAGAACGAUCCGAAUAACAACCAUGCUUUUCCUCAUCACUUUGAUAUUCAUAAUUAGUUUCAUGCCAUAUUUGAUAAUCGAGGUGUUAAAUAGUCUUAAUGACGAAUUUUGGAAUGACAUGAGUAUGAGUGAAAUUGUUAUUUUCAAUUUUUUACUGCGGACCUAUUUCAUCAAUAACAUGGUUAAUCCUAUCAUUUACUGGUUUCUGGACAAAAAAUUCAAACAGGAAGUUAAGAAGUUUUUCCGAGAUAUCAGGAAAUGUAAAUGGUCCAGAACAUUCCGAUUGGACGCUAAAUCGUUUACAUCUACAGUAAAGAACAUGAAGAAUUCAACAUCCAACAAUACGAUUUUACUGUCAACGACAACCUCAAUAAGUUCAAUUAUAACGUCAGACCUAAUAGGUUCUUAUACAACGAAAGACUCGACAAGUUCAUUAUCAACGACAAAAACAGGAUUAACGACUAUUGAUAUUGCAGUUCCAGUUAUUAACAAAAUAAUGGGAACAAAUGCAACUGACAUAACAACAUUAAGUUCAAUCAUCGAGUCAACGGUUCUGCUGGAUGAGUCAACCGUUCUGCUAGACGAUUCAACCGUUCUGCUGGAUGAGUCAACCGUUCUGCUAGACGAUUCAACAGUUCUGCUGGACGUGUCAACUGCCUUUUUAAAGGGUCAAUUCAACACUACUUUCGGAUUGAAUGGAACAGACAGGAAUAUUGAUAAGAAUGCCCUGCUUCAGUGGGCAAACUACAAUUUAGCCAAAGCUCUGACACCUGUGACAAUUUAUCUUAUUAUCCUAAUGAUCAUAGGGAUAUUCGGAAAUUCUCUGGUGAUCUAUGUUUACAAAUUUCGAUUCAAACGGAGUACAUCAAGAAUCUUCAUACUAAGUCUUGCUAUUUUUGAUCUGCUGACAUGCCUGUUUGGGAUGCCGUAUCAUAUUCUGGACAUGAUAUAUCCUCUAACUUUUGUCUGGAAUGGCGUUUGUAAAGGGUUAAGUUUCGCGCUAACGUUUACAAUUUUGGCAUCGAUAUUUGUAUUGAACUUGAUUGCAAUUGACCGCUACAGGAAAAUUUGUAUCCCGUUCAAAAAGCAACUUUCAGGAAAAGGGACAUUGAUAAUGUGCUGGGUGGUCGUUUUUGUUGCUCUCAUCAUGGCAGUUCCGAUUAUAUUCAUUUACGGUUCCGUGGAAGUGGAAACUAGAAUUCCGAAUGUUCCCGGAAUGGAAUGUUACAUAUCCGCCGAUCUAAUGGAUUCAGUUAUACCAAUGAUUUACGAUGCAACUAACAUUCUUAUUUUUGUAGUCACUGUCUUUCUCUUGAGUGUAUUAUACAUCAAAGUUGGCAUUGUAGUAUGGGAAAGAAAACAAUUUCAUGAAAUAGUACGAAACGCAUCUAAACAUUCUACUACUUCCGGAACUAGCACUCCGGAAACUAUGGUAUUUCAAAUGCAUGCUCUAAACGAUGAGGCAAAAAAUGGUGUUCAAUUGAAAAAAAGCAGUAGUGACAAUGCUGUUCAACUUUACAACACGAAAACUCCAAUAUAUAAACAACCAUCGAUCGAUCCAUCACGUUUGUCUCCAACAAUCAGGAAAAAAGAGAAAAAUGCACAACAAAAGCAAAUGAAGCGUUUGAUGUCCGAGUUGUCAACUGCGAGCGGCGACGAGACGAAUGCUACAGGUAAAUCAGCAUCUGUUUCGAAUAAAAAACAAAUGAGAACGCUCCGGAUAACGGCCAUGUUGUUUAUCAUUACCUUGAUAUUUAUCGUGAGUUUCCUCCCUUAUCUAUCAAUCCAGAUUAUGAAUGGAUUAGAUGGAAACUUUUGGAAUAAGAUGAGUAAUACGGAACUGAUCCUAGUCCAUCUCUUGAUGAGAACUUACUUUAUAAAUAAUAUGAUCAAUCCAAUAGUCUAUUGGUUCUUGGAUAAAAAGUUCAAACAGGAAGUCAGGAAAUUUUUCCGUGAUAUCAGCAAAUGUAAAUGGUCGAAAACCUUUAAACCAGGUAAUCGGUCGUUAACCUCAUAGUGUGUCUAAAUAUAGACAAUUCCGCGACCUUUCGUUCUAAAGUGAGAUUUAUAUUUCAGAACAAAAACAUGUAUCAUGUUUUCUAAGUUUUGGUGGACUCGCUGACAUAAGAAGUAGUGUUAUUAUAUAUACUUUAAGCAUAGAAAACAAUGUUUAUUUUCAAAGUUUACACUAGAGAAAUGUAUCUAUUGGUUUAUUGGCUACUGUUCCAAAUUCGACUACUUACAUAUCAUUAUUUGCUGCUUAAAAGUAAAGACCAAGACGAAUUGUUAGAAAGUCUGGAUUGUGUCAUAUAUUCCUGUAUUCUUUCAUUUCUUACGUAAUUUGUUUCACAAUUCUUUAUAUUCAGGCCAACAAUUAUCUUUUUUCUUUUAUUUUCUGGAACCCUAUCCCUAAUUAUUCUCUUUUGUCUCUUUAUUCUUUAUUUUUGAUAUAUAAUGACGAAGUUCGAGACCUCGUUAGUUUAGUAUUAUAGAUUUCGCGGAACGUACGUCAACUGAGAAUGCGCGAAAGCAUAUAAAAAUCAGAUCGAUAAUUUGGAUAUUUUCUAAACAAUUUGCGUUUUCUUUGGAAAGAAAGCUUGUUUUAAAGACAAAUUUAGGCAGUAUAAAAUACUGCAUUUUAUUCACACUUCAUAUCAUGAAUAUUUCCGACUUUGUACGAUUUCAGAGGAGUUGCGGCUCAAUGAAAUCUGUCUCUUCCUUUAGUAGUAUGGAUAUCUGCAAGACGUCCUUACGAAUUUUCCUAAAUUACCUCAAUUUAAACCCUGGCUCAUAUUUUAUAUAGUAGUUUGUUUGAAAUUCCACUAUUAUUUUACUCCCCAUAUAUUUAUGUUAUAAUCAUGUUUAUUUUACAUAUCUAAAUAACAGAAAAAGACAUUAAAUACAUAAGGUACCAUAUCAAUCUCUUAUCAAUAGUAUGAUCAUACACUUAGUUCACACAAAACACGUAUAACCACAUGUUUCUCUUUAAAAUUUGUUAUAGUUGAAGGAAAAUAAAAAUAUAUUUGCUUA